GUUAGCUGCUUAAAAAAAAGUCCAGAGUCCAGCUGCUGCUCUCUGAUCAACUGUGUUCUCACAUUAAAAACAUCAGUCUCUCAUCCUGCGUCCGAUUCAGAGCAAACAUGGAGCACAUCUCCAACAAACUUCAAAGGCAUAAAAACUAUAACUUUGUCAGUGGAUGCACAACUGCAGAGUACAUCGAUUCUCUGCAGAGAUUUGAAAUACGAGAUAGUGAUGUCUUCCUGGUUACGUAUCCAAGGUCAGGCACCAUAUGGACUCAGCAGAUCCUCAUCUCCAUCCGUGAGUUAGACAGAGGUCUGAAUGAGUAUAAAAACAACAUGAUGCAGAUGCCUUGGAUUGAGUACUCUGCGUUUGGAGAGGAUUUCUCAUUACGACCGUCUCCACGUCUCUUCACCUCCCACCUCACCCCGGCUCUCCUGCCUCCAGGUCUGAUGGACAAGAAGGCGAAGAUUAUCUACGUGAUGCGGAAUCCAAAGGACAUCGCCGUCUCUUAUUUUCACUUGAGCGCUGCCAGUGGAUUCUUUGACACCUCGCAGAGCUUUGAACAUUUUUUAGAGGAUUAUUUGAACGGCAAGGUUUUUGGAUCAUCCUGGUUUGACCACAUCAGAGAGUGGCACUCAAAGAGAGAUCAAUACAACAUCCUGUUCCUCCGCUACGAGGAUAUGAUCCUGGACCUGAAGACAGCUGUGAAAAAGAUCUGCACUUUCCUGGGUAAAAACCUGAGCGAGGCAGCCACUGAUGAGGUCGUGGAGAAAUCUGCAUUCAAAACGAUGAAGAAAGACUCCAAGGCAAACUACGAGUUUCUGCCGGAAACUAAGGUGAAGAAAGGAGGCUUCAUGCGGAAAGGUAAGAUAGGAGACUGGAAGAACACCUUUACAGCGGCUCAGAGUGACCGAGUGGAUCGCCUGCUUCAGGAGAGACUCGGGGAUCUGUCUCUGAAGUUUAUCUGGGAAUAAAGAAGAGCAGACACAGACCUGGAGAUCUUUACACUUCUUCUUACUGCUGAGAAUAAAUCACAACCAUCAUUACUGUGUCUGAUUUUAAUUU